AUGGCUGCCACCUCCAUUUCAUCCGCCUCAACCAAGCUCACAACCCAAAAUCAACUUUGCCGGCCACCGAGGAGAAGUUCAACCGCCUCCUCCGCCCACCUCUCCUUCUCCGCCCCGUCCAUUUCCCUCCAGAAGGCGUCCCUCACCGCCGGUCCCACAAAUCUUACCCCACGCGCCGCCGUGAUCCGAAAUGUUCUCAAGACGGCCGAGCAAUCGGAGCUGGCAUCCAGGUCACCGGAUCCGGAUCUGGCCGCCGGAUCUCCGAGACCCACGGUCCUGGUAUCCGAGAAGCUUGGUGAAGCCGGGCUCGAUCUGCUGCGCAGCUUUGGAAACGUCGAGUGCCUCUACAGCCUGUCUCCGGAGGAGCUGUGCGCGAAGGUCGCAGAGUGCGACGCGCUGAUCGUGCGGAGCGGGACGAAGGUGACGCGCCAGGUGUUCGAGGCGGCCAAGGGGAGGCUGAAGGUGGUGGGGCGUGCCGGCGUCGGGAUCGACAACGUGGAUUUGCAGGCGGCAACGGAGUUCGGAUGCCUGGUGGUGAACGCGCCGACGGCGAACACGAUUGCCGCCGCCGAGCACGGGAUCGCGCUGUUGGCCGCCAUGGCGAGGAAUGUCGCGCAGGCUGAUGCUUCCAUGAAAGCUGGAAAAUGGCAACGUAAUAAGUACGUUGGCGUGUCUAUGAUUGGCAAGACUUUGGCCAUCAUGGGAUUUGGAAAAGUUGGUUCUGAAGUUGCUAGGCGUGCGAAAGGUCUUGGAAUGAAUGUUAUUGCUCACGACCCUUAUGCUCCAGCCGAUAGAGCACGUGCCCUUGGUGUGGACUUAGUGUCUUUUGACGAGGCAAUCUCCACAGCAGACUUCAUUUCUCUCCACAUGCCUCUUACUCCAACCACUAACAAGAUAUUAAACGAUGAGACAUUUGCUAAGAUGAAGAAGGGAGUGCGCAUCAUAAAUGUCGCUCGGGGUGGUGUCAUUGAUGAAGAUGCACUAGUGAGGGCACUUGACAAUGGAACAGUAGCCCAGGCGGCCCUUGAUGUGUUCUCAGAGGAGCCCCCACCGAAAGACAGCAAAUUAGUUCAGCAUGAGAAUGUCACUGUUACACCUCAUCUUGGAGCCAGCACAAAGGAAGCACAGGAAGGAGUUGCAGUUGAAAUAGCCGAGGCAGUUGUUGGUGCCCUGAGAGGCGAACUCUCGGCAACUGCAGUGAAUGCUCCCAUGGUCCCUCCCGAGGUCUUAUCCGAGCUGGCUCCUUACGUCACCCUAGCCGAGAAGCUCGGUCGGAUAGCUGUGCAGCUGGUCACGGGAGGGAGUGGGAUCCAAACGGUGAAAGUUAUCUACCGCUCGGCCCGAGACCCUGACAGCCUGGACACCCGCCUCUUGCGGGCCAUGAUCACAAAAGGCCUAAUCGAGCCCAUCUCGGAUGCUCACAUCAACCUCGUCAAUGCCGACUUCACUGCCAAGCAGAAAGGCAUCCGCAUAAGCGAGGAGCGGGCUUUAUCCGACUCGUCUACCGAAAGCCCAAUUCAAUCCAUCCAGGUCCAGAUCAGCAGUGUCAAAUCAAAAUUCGCAAGCGCCUUAUUGGAGAACGGAAAUAUUAGCAUCGAGGGGAAAGUGAAAUAUGGGGACCCGCACCUGACCCGCGUGGGCCCGUUCAGCGUGGACGUGAGUUUGGAAGGGAACGUUAUACUGUGCCGCCAGGUGGACCAGCCUGGGAUGAUUGGGCGUGUUGGGAGUAUUCUUGCGGAGAGUAAUGUGAACGUGAGCUUCAUGAGUGUGGGGAGGGUGGUGAAGAGGACAAAGGCGAUUAUGGCCAUAGGGGUGGAUGAGGAGCCCGAUAAGGAUACGCUCAGGAAGAUUGGGGAAGUGCCAGCCAUUGAGGAGUUUGUGUUUCUUGAUCUUUAA